AUGGCAGCCUCUCUCAAAUCGGUCGAUCAACUCACAAUGACUUUUCUUGUCGAUAACUGUAUCGAAUGGUUCACCAAGCUUCCCCCAGGGUUCUCUCUCGAGAUCAAGACCCAUCUUCAAGAAAACCAUAUGAGAGUUGACAAGCUUACAGAUACUCCCAUCCUCGAUUUCGACAAGUUUUGCUGUGGCGCACAUGGAUUCGCCGCACUUAUCGAAACUGAAAUGGAGGGUGAACCAAGACAAUACACACUCUUCGACACCGGCCCAGAUAACACAAGCCUAGUCCGCAAUAUCCGUGCCAUGCAAACCCCGGUAGAGAAGAUCACACGCGUUGUUCAUUCCCAUUGGCAUAGCGAUCACACUGGCGGCCUUCUUUCCUUCCUCGACUUUCGACAGAAUCAUCCGUCAAGCGCAGAUGCAGCUCCCUGUAUCAUCGAUGUCCACCCUGAUCGACCCGUUGCCAGAGGAAUGGCCUCGGGACCGACAUAUACCAAGGUGAUAGCCCGACUUAAAGAAGAUCCAUCCUUCGAGUCGAUUGAGAAAUUUGGUGCAAAAGUGGAAAAGAAUGCGGAAGGACACUCUGUUGCGAAUGGAACGGUGUGGGUGAGCGGAGAGGUUCCAAGGGUUACGGAUUUCGAAAGUGAGGGACUAAAGGGGCAUAUGAGGUGGAAAGACGGUCAGUGGGUGUCCGAACCUCAUAUCAUGGAUGAACGAUAUGCAGCAAUCGAUGUAGUUGGGAAAGGCCUUGUGAUAGUCAGCGCAUGUUCCCAUGCCGGUAUAAUCAACGUCGUCAAGUCAGCAGUCGAUAAAUUCCAUCGACCAAUCUACAUGAUUAUCGGCGGCCUUCACCUUGCAGGAAACGAUAUGUUUCCUCGCGUGCAGCCUACUGCUGAAUUUCUUUCCAGAACUCUCCGACCAUCACCUACCUAUGUUCUCCCUAUGCAUUGCUCUGGAUUCCAGGCAAAACUGGCUCUUGAGAAGGAGCUCGGAGAUGGAUGUGUUCCUGCUGGAGUUGGCAUAAAGUUCGACGUGACGGGGGAUAGAGGACAUGACGCCAGACUUAGUGCUGCUUCGUACAAGUGA